AAGGGCGGCAGGGAGGGGCAGCUGCCCCCUCAAUCAAUUAAAAAAAUGCAUAGCAAACUGAGGUUCUGCCCCCGCUAACAAAAACCCUGGCUACAUCCAAGCUCUUGCACCAACUAACCUGUCCUUUCUCCAUGGUUUCCAGUGAGUGGACAUCUGUCUUGCCACCCCCCACCCGCCCCCCGUCAAGCUUUGUGCUCGCAGUAUCUCAUCUGCUUGGGUGGAUCAGUGUUGCGAAAAGGAGCGAGGGUUGUUUGCUCCAGCUGAGGCAAAGCGACAUCCGAUCUAGCAGGGCGAGAGGGGAGUGUUUUGUCGAGAGUUGUCUGUCACCAAGGAGAAGAGAACAGGACUUGGAAGAAGGAAGCACAACAGACCAGAGACCUGGCCCUGCGAAAGAGAUUCUCCCUCUUUUUACGGAUCUUGCACCAGAAGUUCUGCAAAUCCCCGAAGGAUGUGUGUGUGUGUGAAUAUGUUCGAGGGCGUAAGAUAGGAGGAUAUCAGAUGCUCGUGGUGUAAGGGGAAUCCAAUAGUUGCCUCGUGGAGCAGUGGUGGACCAACGAGGGACGCUCUGCUCUUGCCAGAAACGAGUUUUGAAACAAGGACAAGCUGAUGAUGGGCCACCAUUAAUGGUGAGGAACAUGAGGUCAUGAGAUGGGAGAUCUUAGGAAGUCAUUUCAGGAGAAGCUCCCGCCUCACCAACAUUUUGACAAGACGAUCCAGCCAUGCUGCUGUAGGGGAUCAAAUGUAUCUCUGGUUUCUGUGAGAACUGAUGGAGGAUGGAGCCAAAGUCUGCCUUGAAAAUAUAACUUUGAGGUGGAUUUGUUUUGAUGUCACAGGUGGUUGGGAGUGGUUCAAGGGAUGGGUUGAUGAAUGGCAAGGAGAGAGUUUUUAAGGUUGCUGAGCAGAUUUUGUACUGAGUCCCCACCACCACCAGCGCUUGAAGAUGUCCAGAAUCCAGGAGGCUCGUAUGAGGAGCAUCCGCCCAUACAAGACUGGGGAGCAAUACCUUUAUGCCAUGAAAGAGGACUUGGCCGAGUGGCUGAAGGAACUCUAUGAUGUGGACAUCAACGUGGAGUUCUUCUUGGAAGCCCUGGAGACAGGGGUCUUGCUCUGUCACCAUGCCAACAGCAUCACCCAAGUGGCUUGGGACUUUGAGCAGAGGUACCCGGGUCUGAGCCACAAGCUGCAGCUGCCCACCUGCGAAGUGACUUGCAACGACUUUGCUCAGCCAGGGACCUUCCAAGCCAGGGACAACGUGUCCAACUUCAUCCAGUGGUGCCGGAAGGAGAUGGGCAUUAAAGAAGUCCUGAUGUUUGAGACGGAAGACCUGGUCUUGCGCAAGAAUGAGAAGAACUUUGUCCUCUGUCUCCUGGAGGUGGCCCGCCGAGCCACCCGCUUUGGCAUGAGUGCCCCCACCCUCAUCCAGAUGGAGGAGGAGAUCGAGGAGGAGAUCCGCGAGGACCUGAACCUGCCGCCGGAAGAGACCCCCCUCCCAAGGGCCCAGAGGAAGCCGGCCAAUUUCAAGAACCUCGACCAGAUGGUCCAGUGUCUCGUCAGCCGUUGCACCUGCCCGGUCCAGUUCUCCAUGAUCAAAGUCUCGGAAGGGAAAUACCGCGUGGGCGAUUCAAACUUGCUGAUCUUCGUCAGGAUCCUGCGGAAUCACGUGAUGGUCCGAGUGGGCGGUGGCUGGGACACCCUAGAGCACUACCUGGACAAGCAUGACCCCUGCCGGUGCACCUCGCUCUCUCACAAACAAGCCUUGAGGGCAGGCAGCCCGCAGAAGAUGCAAGCCACGCCGGUCCAACACGAAAUCACAGCCCGCUUAACGCCCAGGAAAGACAACCCCAAGCCCCAGCCUGCAUUGAUUGUCUCCCGAUCCCAAAGCCCGCUGCCCCCAGUGGAGUGGAGGACCUAUACUCCUAACAGCCCUGGGUGGAAGACUCUGCAGCGGUCACCUCCGAGCAACGGUGGUGGAGGUGUCAGCAGCAGUAGGAAAACCACAGCUUUGCUUAUCUCCCCGGAGGUCUCAGAACAUCGGAGAGUCCCUUCCGUCAGGGCAAGGUCAGUGACUCCAACCCGGAGGCUGCCGGCCCCCGAAGAGAGACCCGCAUCUAAGCCAACUCUCUCUAUGUGGAGCAGAAGAGAGGCAUGCCCUGUCCUGUCCCAGCUGAACGGAAGCACAGAGAACACCUCGCCCGUUCGGAAAUCUGUCUCAGAGGCACAUCGCGGAAGAUCUCCUGCCAGAAUCCCAACGCCAACACCUUACAAAGAGAAACCAGAGAGGCCAGCGUCGUCCAGAGUGGCUGCACCGAGGGCUCCAGUGACCCGGCCUCCAGGAAGGUCCCAGCCUGAAAUGAACGGCCCGCAGACCCGCUCUUCCAGUCCAGCCAAGCACUUCCAGGCCCCAGUGGAAAGCCCUGCAAGGCUGCAAGGUGGAGUCACCGUACACAGCUGGAGUAAGGACUCAAUAGCGUGGCGAUCACCCUCCUCAGUAAAACACGCAGGUGUGACUCAGAAAGAAGACAGCAGUGCCAAGACCUCCGGAAGAGUUGGCCCAACAUCAUACAGGCUGCCAACAAUUGGUAGCAGCUACCAAGAGGCGUUCUGUUUCAGAAAUGGGGGUAACACCCUGGGCAAAAACCAAGGCAACCUGCCCAGGAAAGAGCUUUGCAAGGGCAGGACCCCUCUUCUGAGAGAACAGGGCAAGGCUGUCAGCCUGGAAGCAUCAGCCAGCAGGUUCUCCAACAGCUCAGGGGGUGGAAUUGGUCAGAAAAUGAAGGAUGGUGGGACCUUAGCUGGGCAAGAAAGUGUCCCAGGAAGACCUUGUAAAGAUGGCCAGAUGAGUCAAGGAGAUACCAAGGAAGUGGGCAGGGGAACAGAAUGUGUUUACACACCACUGCCUAUUGACCCGGUGGAAGAACAAGCUCUGUACAGGAGCCUAGAGGAUGAGAUUUUGGCCAACAUCAAGGAGCUGGAGGAAGUCUCUGAAGGCAACCCCAUUUCUCGAGGGAGUCGGCUAGGAGGGUUUGGAGUGGACUGUUGCCAAGGAAGAGACGCCAUGGCCUUGACCUGUAAUGGGCCGAGGGUCUCCACACCCACCUGGUCCUCUUUGCCUAUCACCCCGAGAACCUCAGUCUCUGAGGGAAGUGUGCCUCGGAGCGGCGUCUAUGUCCCUGAGAGGGAGAUAAGGUGGCACCCCGCAGGACUACAUUACGACAGCGUUAUUCAAGAGCUCUCCAAGACACUGCACCGGGAGCACACAGGGACUGAGGGAAGUCCCCCCCAGUCAAGUCCAUCUCUGGUGAAUGGAAACCAGGCUGGAAAAACGUUCCUAGACAGAGAAGGUGCUGUUCCUGAGGAGAACUGUGUGGCCCCUGAAGCAGAAGGUAGAGAACCAUACCACACAGCUCGUGUGGAAGUCGACGGAAACGCCAGAGCCUCUCAAGCGAUGCCAAGCAGACCUCCUGAUUCUCCAGAGCACCCUCCAGCUCCCGAGGACACAAAACUACCUCAGAGUAAGCCGAGGCGAUCUCUGAAGAAACCGGAGCGGGUGCCCUCCAUUUAUAAGCUGAAGCUGCGCCCCAAAAUCCGGCCACGCAGAGACAACAGGCCCGAAAAGAGGCCUUCAAGGAUCCCCACUCCAAUCACAUACAGGCAUGCCCAAAGAGGAUCCAGCGUCAAGGCCCAGGCGAAGAAGGCCCACAGCGUCAAAUCCCAAAUCUGGAGUGGCCAGGCUGGCGUGAGGCAAAAUGGCUCGGGGGACACUGAGUCCAAAGACCAGGCUGCACUUUCUGACUACAGCCUUUCCGCCACACAAGACGGGGGUCCCGGGAGGAAAACAAGUGUGACAGAGGGGGAAACGGAGGCGUCAGGUGUGGAGGAAUCCUGGGUGUGACAUUUCCUUAAAGAUGCGAUUGCAGUCUCGGAAUUGCAAUUGCGGUCUUUUCUUGUGCCUAACCCCCAUCGCCAAGCUUUGUAUCGGGUGGUCUCAGUUUUGGGCCAGAAAAGUGAAUUAAUGAGAUUUGUACCAU